AUGCGUCCAUACGCGUGUGUGAUGGAGAGAGGAAAAUGCUUGAUGUCGAUGAAGCUUAGACCACUGGUGACGAGAGAAACUUCAGACGCGGCUUUGCUCUGGCCAUUUGGGGAAGAUAGAGCGUUUGCUGCGGUUGAGGAGUAUGGCAGUGGAAAUGGUUGCAUGUGGCCGCCUAGGUCUUACUCGUGCAGCUUUUGCGGGAGAGAGUUCAAGUCAGCUCAAGCACUAGGUGGUCAUAUGAACGUUCAUCAAGACAGAGCUCGUCUUAAACAACAAUCUUUAUCAUCUUCAUCAACUGAUCAAAGCCAUGCCUAUUGAUUAUGAAUCAUCAACAGCCACAAAAAACAACAUAGAGCUCACGGGGGAUCGAAAUUUCCUGUCCCAAGAAGUUUCAAGAAAGCCAAUGGAACUAAGAGGGAUAUAAGUGAUGUUGUUACUAGUAACGUUUUAGAAACUUCUAUGAAAAGACUAGAGCAUUACAAUAAUGAAGUCAAGACUGAUCUAUCUGUAGGUCUAGUGAACUCCGAGUUCGAUUCUCGGAGAAGUACCAUCAAUGGAUUUUCGUCGUCUAAGAAAGCCAAGACUGAUGUUUCAAGAUUGCCACUGAUGUUAGGAUUGGUCAUUGGAGUAUCCAAGAUCACAAACGGUCAUCAUGAGGAGCUGGAUCUUGAGCUACGGCUAGGAGCUCAUCCGUCAAAGGUCAAUUUGCUUAAGUAUUAUAAUAAUGACAAAGGGAUGACAAUAAUAGUUAGUGGAUUGCCCAAAAAGAAGUUUAAUUGUCUGUAA